AUGGGCCCGCUGCGGACCCCACCUCCCCUUUACCUCCUCUUGUUUGGGGAGCCUGCCUCUCUGAGGACCCAGGGCUACCCCAGCUGCCCAGAACCCAGGAAACUGGAAGCCAGUAAAGUUGUCCUCUUGCCCAGUUGUCCUGGAGCCCCAGGAAGUCCUGGGGAGAAGGGAGCACCAGGUCCUCAAGGGCAACCUGGACCACCGGGCAAGAUGGGUGAUCCUGGGGAGCCAGGCCCUGGGAGCUGCUAGGAGCUGCUGAGCUGGAAUACCACUUUGAAUGACUGGUAGCAUGUGUGCCUUCCUGAGGGCUGAGCCCUCCCAGUCUUUUGUGAGAGUUCAGACACCGCAAAUGGUGCCUGGCUGGUGCUCCAGGGGUGACGGGAUGGUCCCGUGGAUUCCUUCUGCUCUCGGUCACCCUACACAGCAGGUGUGGGGAGCCAGGAAUCUGAAUUCUGGCCGGGGAAUGAGAAUUUGCACCAGCUUACUCUCCAAUGCACCCAGGAGCUGUGGGUGGAGCUGGAGGACUUAGGCAACCACACCUUUGUUCCCUGCAGGUCCUUCCUCCUCCUAGCAGAGGCAGACCAUCACCAGCUGGUGCUGGGCAGGUUCUCAGAGGGCAGGGCAGGGGCCUCCCAGAGCUUCCACGGCGGGAAACCCUUUCCCACCGACCAUGAUACAAGUGGGAGAAACAGCACAAUGACUCUUCCUGGUGCCUGGUGGUAUGGAUCCUGCUAUCAGACCAAUCUCAACAGGCACUACUUGAUGUUCAAAGCCCCUGCCCAUAAUUAUGGCAUCAACUGGGCCUCACGCCAAGGCGUGGGCCACCUUUACCACAGGGAUUAA